UUUCAAAAUGGAUCAGAGUGGAAUGAACCUCGGUUUUUGGGGGAACGGACCUAAACCUGGUCAAUUUUAUUCAUUUCCCGGGAACCAUCCCAGCACAGUUCCUGGAUGUGGGCCUGUCAGACAUACACUGAACCCCAUGGUGACGGGCACAUCGGUGCUGGGUGUGAAGUUCGAUGGCGGUGUGAUCAUCGCCGCAGACAUGCUCGGCUCCUACGGCUCCCUGGCCCGCUUCCGCAACAUCUCCCGUCUAAUGAAGGUCAACGACAGCACCAUCCUGGGCGCCUCCGGCGACUACGCAGACUACCAGUACCUCAAACAGAUCAUCGAGCAGAUGGUCAUUGACGAGGAGCUGCUGGGAGACGGGCACUGCUACACCCCCAAGGCCAUGCACUCCUGGCUCACCAGGGUGAUGUACAACAGGAGAAGCAAGAUGAACCCCCUGUGGAACACCGUCGUCAUCGGCGGCUACUACAACGGCGAGAGUUUCCUGGGAUACGUGGACAAGCUGGGUGUGGCUUAUGAGGCUCCUACAGUGGCCACAGGGUUUGGCGCCUACCUGGCACAGCCCCUGAUGAGAGAGGUGGUGGAGAACAAGGUGGAGAUCACCAAGGAGGAGGCGCGGGAGCUGGUGGAGCGCUGCCUUAAAGUGCUGUACUACCGUGAUGCCCGCUCCUACAACCGGCACGAGAUUGCCAUCGUGACUGAAGCAGGCGUGGAGAUUGUGGGGCCUCUGUCUUCAGAAACAAACUGGGAAAUUGCCAACAUGGUCAGUGGGUUCGAGUGAUGUUGACACUGGGCACCCCAGCGUUUACCCCCCUAUAAUAUUUACCUGUUUUCCAUUCUGCCCCACUCAUAGAACUGCUCUGUAACCAAUUUAGUUUUUUUUUUGUAAACGGAAAAAAUAAAGAUGUUGUAAAA